AUGGCUGUGCUAGAUCAAAUAGAUUCUAUACCGACUCCUGAACCAAUGGAUAUAACGAGAAAGAUUAAUUCAAGAUGCCGAAAGACUGGUGACCUUAGCGUAGCCCAAAUUCUCGAGAAGUGGAAAGAGUACAACAUGAAUCUCGACCCGGGCAGCAAACCCUUCCGGAAAGUUCCCGCCAAGGGAUCCAAAAAGGGAUGUAUGAAAGGCAAAGGUGGGCCAGAUAAUGCCCGCUGCAAUUACAGAGGGGUCCGGCAGAGGACUUGGGGAAAAUGGGUGGCCGAGAUUAGAGAGCCACACAGAGGGAACAGAUUAUGGCUCGGGACGUUCAGCAGUGCACCCGAGGCUGCGCGUGCUUAUGACGAGGCUGCACGCGCCAUGUACGGCCCGUGCGCUCGUCUUAAUUUCCCGUUGAGAGAGGAUGUCAAAGAUUCUUUUCCAGUUACUGCAAAAUCAUCAUCGGACUCUGCAAACUCGGGUAUUUCAGAGAUUUGUCCUAAUGGGGGUGUCCCAAAGAAACCCGAACACAAUACAGAAACGGAUGAUAAUGAAGGGCUAUCAAAGUUUACCCAUAAUAAUCAACCGAUACCUCAAGAGCUUGGUGAUGAUCAAUGGGCUAUCGUCAAAAAGGAAGUAGUUGGGGAGGAAAUUCCCCUUCUUAAGGAUAAUGCGGAAGAAGAAUUCAGGAAAGAGGUAAAUAUAGACUUCAACAAGGCUAUACCAGAUAAUGGACAUUGUUUUAAAAAUCGGGAGACCUUGAGAAAUCAAUCGGCGAGCUUCCAAAACGAAGAGAUGUUUGAUGUCGACGAGCUGCUUGCCGAGUUGAACUCUUCUUCUCAAGAAAGGGAAUCGGGUUUUGAAGGUUGGGGAGGAUCGAGUGGUGGAGAAAUGGGCCGGGCUACAAAUGGCAGUCUUAUAUCAGCCCAAUUGGGGGAUCGACACGAGGGAUCGAAUGGUAAUCCGACUCGAGAGCUUUCGGUUUAUGAUUAUGAUUUGGAUUUCUUAAAGCCUGGGAGGCAGGAAGAUAAUAAUUUCUGGUGGAGUGAUUUAGAUUUGGAUUUGGACAUGGCCGUGUGA